GGGUGAGUCGUUGCGUUGUGACAACAGCUCACAGUAACGGCAUCAGUCGUAGCGAACGGACGUGCAAAAAUUUCAGAGCGAAAAAAACUGAAAAUUGACAAUGAAACGACGACUUUCAUCUGAGGAUUCCUGUACUGAAGGGAACAUAAUGACAAAGAAACGAAAAACCAAAAGAGGAAAGAAAGGCGGGAGGAAGCAUAGUCCUCGUUCGUCCACUGACUCCUCAAAAGUUCCCCGAACACCACGGUCAUGUGUGUCUGAUACUAACACCUCUUGCCACAACAGUGAAUCUGUAGGCAAACUAUCAGUUGCUGAGGAAUACGCAUUAAUUUCUCAGGAGAUAUGUGAUUCGGAAACUGUUUGUUUAGUUUCACAGACAGAUCUCUGUGCUGAAAACUCUCUUGACAUCAGUGAGGUUACAGGCGAUACAAAUGUUACAGAGGAGCUGCAACAAGUCUUUCAAUCAUGUUAUGAUGCAACCAGUGAAAGCAACAAUGAUGCAUGCAUUCUCUCACAAACAGACAUUCUUGGAUUGUUGCAAGGAUUGAGCAACACGUACAAUCUAGCAGAGGUGCCUCUGCAGGAGCAACCUUUUCAUGUGGUGUCAGACGGUUCCUCCAUGUACUUGGUAGGCCCUCAAAAUCAGAUCUACAUGUCACUGGUACCACCAGCUGGAAGAACUGCUACAACAGACUCUCAUAUGGUGUGCACUGUUCACGAAAACCCUGACCAUUCUAAUCAGCACACAGACAACACCAAAUAUUCGCAGCAGUUCGUUUCCAAGUCUUUUUCUGAGAGAAUCAAGGAAAAGCUUGAAAACUGGUAUUAUGCGACUAUGGAUGUUGAUCGGAGAGAGGCUCAUCUACUGAAAUAUCCCUCUCAUCUGCUGGAGUGGUCUGAGCGUGUAAAAUUCAGGCACGAGCGGAAGUGGAAAAUGCUAGACUUCCAUGAGCCACACUACAGUGAGUGGGAUUUUGUUUGAGCAGCCUUUACCUUGACGGGACAGUUUAUUGUUUGUUGUGGUGCUAUAAAAGAUCACUCUGUUACGAACCAUAUCAGCCCAUCGUUUGUCUUUCAGGACAUUUUAAACUUUUGAAUAGACAAGUACAUUGUAUAUUUUUGCUUUUUAUUUUUUUUUUUAAUUUAUUUUAUAGUUUGUAAACUCUUCCUCGGCAAAAUAAUGUUUGCGAUGAAAAAUUUUUGGCAGACAGAAAAUUGAAAUUCAAUCACUAUAGAAAAGCUAUUCAGUAAGCACUGUGUGCUAUCGUAUGAAAUACUUUGAUAUCUUUAUUACCAUAAAUAUAUUUUGAUUUCAUUUUUAUUUUUGGCACCAAGUGUAUCUUAAAAUUUAACGCUUUUAAUUGGAAGAUUAAAUUGGUAUUGGUCUGUCUGUAUAUCCAAGUGGCCGAUUAGAAGAAUUGCUUUAAUAUACUUGUUAAUAUUAUGAUUAUUAUAAAAAUAAAUUUGUUUUACAUUA